UUCUUAGUGAACUGCAGCGCCUCGUUGGUGCAUUUAGGAAACCAAGUUUAUAAAUAAAUUUGUAAACAGAGCUGUUUUGGGGCGCUUUCAGAGACAAUUCUUGAUUAUUCUAUACAGAAAAACCCUUCAGAAACAACAUAAAAUUGCAGCUAAAGUGUUUUGAUAUAUAUCACUUUUAAUUUAACAAAGUAUCACAGUGAAAAUGUCUAGUGACGAAGGUGAAAACAACAAUUCAGGCAGAUUUGUGAGGUUAGAAAAUAGGGAAAAUGUGGGAACAUCAGAAAAUUCCAUGGAAAAAACAGAAAAGAAACGAAAGAAGGGCAUUGUGUACGUAUCCAACAUACCAAAAUACAUGACAGUGGCCAUCCUAAAAGAAUUUCUCGGAGAAUAUGCAGAAGUAGGGCGAGUGUACCUACAAAACAGUCAAACAGAUGAUGAUGAGGGCACAAAAAAGAAAAAGAGGAGAAGAUACACUGAAGGAUGGGUGGAAUUUGAGAGUAAAAAGAAAGCCAAACUCCUUGCAAUGCGAUUGAACGGAAUGCCAAUUACUACCCGGAAAGGUUCGAAAUUCUGCGACAUCCUCUGGAACCUCAAGUACCUGUCUCGCUUCAAGUGGGUUCACUUGAGUGAGAGGCUAACCUAUGAGAAGGCAGUGUAUAAGCAACGUCUGCAAGCUGAGAUUUCAAUGGCCAGGAAGGAAGCCAAUUUCUACGGCGAGAAUCUCGAUCGAAGUGACAAGAUGCGUAAGAAAAAAGCCAAGAAAGCAAAAGCAUAAAAGGAAAAUAUUCUAUUUCAGUUGAAAAUGUUAAUUAGAACAUGAGAAAUAUUUAAGAAAAAAUAAAUAUGAUUUUAUCACAA